AUGUCUGCCCCGAAGCUGGACCGCACCCCGAGCAUCCGCGACCGCGUCGAGGACACCCUCCACGCGCACCGCAACGAGCUCGUCGCCCUCCUCUCCAAGUACGUGAACAAGGGGAAGGGCAUCCUGCAGCCGCACCACAUCCUCGACGCGCUCGACGAGGUCCAGGGCUCUGAGGUCCGCGCGCUCGCCGAGGGCCCCUUCCUGGACGUCCUCCGCUCCACGCAGGAGGCGAUCGUGCUGCCGCCGUUCGUGGCCAUCGCGGUGCGCCCGCGCCCGGGGGUUUGGGAGUACGUCCGCGUCAACGUGCACGAACUCAGCGUCGAGCAGCUCACUGUCUCGGAGUACCUCCGCUUCAAGGAGGAGCUCGUCGACGGCCAGCACAAUGAUCCCUACAUUCUUGAGCUUGACUUUGAGCCAUUCAAUGCCUCAGUCCCACGCCCAAAUCGGUCAUCAUCUAUUGGAAAUGGUGUGCAGUUUCUCAACCGGCACUUGUCUUCAAUCAUGUUCCGCAACAGGGAUUGCCUGGAGCCCCUGUUGGAUUUCCUCUGUGGCCACCGGCACAAGGGGCAUGUUAUGAUGCUAAAUGAUAGAGUACAGAGCUUGGGGAGGCUUCAGUCUGUGCUGACCAAAGCUGAAGAGCACCUGUCAAAGCUCCCAGCUGACACACCAUACUCACAAUUUGCUUAUAAAUUUCAAGAAUGGGGCCUGGAGAAAGGUUGGGGUGAUACAGCAGAACAUGUUUUGGAAAUGAUUCAUCUCCUUCUAGACAUCAUUCAAGCGCCAGACCCAUCAACCCUAGAGAAAUUCUUGGGGAGGAUCCCCAUGAUUUUUAAUGUUGUUGUGGUAUCCCCUCAUGGAUACUUUGGCCAAGCUAAUGUAUUGGGCUUGCCAGACACAGGAGGACAGAUUGUCUAUAUACUGGACCAAGUUCGUGCACUAGAAAAUGAGAUGGUUCUUCGUUUAAAGAAACAAGGGCUUGAUUUUUCCCCAAAGAUUCUCAUUGUUACUCGGCUGAUACCAGAUGCAAAAGGAACAUCAUGCAAUCAGCGGCUUGAGAGAAUUAGUGGAACAGAGCAUACUUACAUAUUACGAGUUCCCUUCAGAAAUGAAAAUGGGAUACUUAAGAAAUGGAUAUCAAGAUUUGAUGUGUGGCCAUACUUGGAAACAUUUGCUGAGGAUGCUGCUGGUGAAAUUGCUGCUGAAUUACAAGGUACUCCAGACUUUAUAAUUGGAAACUAUAGUGAUGGAAAUCUUGUGGCAUCGUUGCUAUCUUACAAGAUGGGAAUUACCCAGUGCAAUAUUGCUCAUGCUCUGGAAAAGACUAAAUAUCCAGAUUCAGACAUAUACUGGAAGAAGUUCGAUGAGAAAUAUCAUUUCUCCUGUCAGUUCACUGCUGAUAUAAUUUCUAUGAACAAUGCUGAUUUUAUCAUCACCAGCACAUACCAAGAAAUUGCUGGAAGCAAAAAUACUGUUGGACAGUAUGAGAGUCAUACUGCUUUUACUCUGCCUGGUCUGUACCGCAUUGUCCAUGGGAUUGAUGUCUUCGAUCCUAAGUUCAAUAUAGUCUCUCCUGGAGCUGACAUGUCCAUAUAUUUUCCAUAUACUGAAAAGGCCAAGCGCCUCACUUCUCUUCAUGGUUCAAUCGAAAGUUUGCUUUAUGACCCAGAGCAAAAUGAUCAACACAUUGGGCAUCUGGAUGACCGAUCAAAACCCAUCCUCUUCUCCAUGGCAAGACUUGACAGGGUGAAAAACAUAACAGGACUGGUUGAAGCUUUUGCUAAAUGCACUAAGUUGAGAGAACUGGUAAACCUUGUUGUUGUUGCUGGGUACAAUGAUGUCAAGAAGUCCAAGGACAGAGAAGAGAUCGCAGAGAUAGAGAAGAUGCAUGAACUUAUUAAGACCUACAACUUGUUCGGGCAGUUCCGCUGGAUCUCUGCUCAGACAAACAGGGCCCGUAACGGCGAGCUCUAUCGCUACAUAGCUGAUACUCAUGGUGCUUUUGUACAGCCAGCCUUUUAUGAAGCAUUUGGUCUCACUGUCGUGGAGGCCAUGACCUGUGGACUUCCUACUUUCGCAACACUCCAUGGAGGGCCAGCUGAGAUUAUAGAGCAUGGCAUCUCGGGCUUCCACAUUGACCCGUACCACCCCGAGCAGGCUGCUAAUUUGAUGGCUGACUUCUUCGAGCGAUGCAAGCAAGACCCAAGUCACUGGGUGAAAAUAUCUGAAGCAGGACUGCAGCGCAUAUACGAAAAGUACACAUGGAAGAUAUACUCUGAGAGGUUGAUGACAUUGGCCGGGGUCUAUGGUUUCUGGAAGUAUGUGUCCAAGCUUGAGAGGCGGGAGACAAGGCGCUACCUUGAGAUGUUCUACAUAUUGAAGUUCCGCGAGCUGGCGAAGACAGUGCCGCUUGCAGUUGACCAGCCACAGUAG